AUGGUACGUGACAAGCGGGUUUGCUUUAAUUGUUUGAGAAGAGGCCACCGUGGGUUGGAUUGUCCAUCAUAUAAAUCUUGCUCGAAAUGUAAGCGUAGACAUCAUAGCUUGCUUCAUAGAGAAGGAGUUCGUCCAUCGUUUAAAAUUGAGAAAAGAGAUACACCACCAGAGAAUCAAAAACAGCAUUUUACUCCAAGCACACUGACAAAUCCAUAUGAAGGCUCAUCGAAGCAGGAUAUUACUGCCGCUUAUUCCAACACGCGUGGAAACGCAGCUCAGCAAGUGUUGCUGCUAACUGCACAAGUAUUCAUUUUGGAUAAACAUGGAAAUCCGCAUAUAUGUCGAGCACUUUUGGAUAGUGGCUCACAAAUCAAUUUCGUUUCUGAAUCGCUGCUCAAUAAACUUGGAGUACAUGUGGAAGAGAAGAAUAUAUUAGUCACCGGAGUUAGCAACAUCAAAUCCAAAGUGCAGCAUAAGGCUUGCAUUCAAGUACUAUCAAGGUUUAACAACUUCAGAAUAAAAUUGGAUUGUUUGGUAUCGCGUAAAGUCACUGGAAUUCUGCCAACUUACGAGAUUGAUGUCGCUUCGUGGAACAUUCCGUCAGAAAUGCAAUUGGCCGACCCUUCAUUCUACCAACCUGGUCAGAUAGAUUUGCUGAUCGGAAUGGAGUGGUUCGAUGAUUUAAUCAAAUCUGGUCGAGUGAAACUCUUCGAAAACUCACCAACGUUAAUUGACUCGCAAUUCGGAUGGCUUAUUGGUGGAAGAGUUGAUGGCGACUCUGUAUCUAUCUUCCAUUCACAUACCGCAAUAUCAUCAGAUGAGCAAUUAAAUCAACAAAUUCAGCGUUUCUGGGAAUUGGAAAACGUGGCCUCUGAGCAAUGUGUGCCAACCGAGGCUGAAGAAUGUGAAGCUCAUUUUCAGUCAACAUUCCGUCGCAAUUCAGAAGGUCGUUAUGUGGUUCAACUGCCGUUAAAAGAAACAUGUAAGCAACUAGGAGAUUCAAGACAGAUGGCUAUAAGAAGGUUUUACAUGAUGGAGUCUAAGCUAUGCAAACAGCCAGAAAUCAAACAACAAUAUGAUGAAUUCAUUGAGGAAUAUGUACACUUGGGACAUUGCAAGGAAAUUAAUGAGAAACAGGAUAAAGAUGGUAUUCAAAAGUGGUAUUUGCCCCACCAUGCUGUGCUCAGACCAUCAAGUUCUUCAACAAAAUGUCGAGUGGUCUUCAAUGCGUCAGCGAAGGUUGGCGGGAGAUCUUUGAACGAUGAGAUGAUGAUUGGUCCUACUAUUCAGCCAGAUCUACUGACAAUUAUUUUGAGAUUCCGCAAGCACCGAUAUGUUUUAAGUGCCGACAUUGCAAAAAUGUAUCGGCAAGUCCUGGUUGAUAGUUGCCACACUCCACUACAACGUAUACUUUGGCGAAAGAAUCCAAUGGAUCAGGUAAGAGUUUUGGAAUUGCAGACUGUCACAUAUGGAAUGGCAGCUGCUCCUUUUCUGGCAAUAAGAGCUCUGAAUCAGCUAUCAAAAGAUGAAGAAGUUUCAUAUCCACGAGCAGCUGAAGUAGUGAAAAAGACUUUUUACGUAGACAAUGUUCUUUUCGGGGGUAAUAAUCUUGAAGAAGUUGUGAACGUUCAGCAGGAACUGAUUUCACUUCUCAAACUGGGAGGAUUUCAUUUGCACAAAUGGGCAGCUAACAACGAUCAGCUUCUAGAACACAUCGCAGAAAAAGAUUUGGACAAAUUGGUAAAUAUUGAAGGCACAAGCGCAAAUGAAAUGAUCAAAACGUUAGGUUUAAUGUGGGAUCCUAACAAUGAUGAGCUUAUCUUUUUAUCGCAACCAGAUUGUGCUACACCAAACCCUACGAAGCGUCAGGUUCUAUCGAUGAUAGCAAGGCUUUUUGAUCCCCUUGGACUGCUGUCACCAGUUAUAGUUAUUGCGAAAAUGUUGAUGCAGCAGUUCUGGAGAGAAAAAAUAGGUUGGGAUGACAAGAUAAAUGAAGAACUUACCCAACAGUGGAAAGAAUUUCUAGCCGCAUUGCCAACGGACGGGCAAUUUCGCAUCCCACGACAAGUUUUUAUGAAUGAUGCAGUUAAGACAGAAAUACAUGGAUUUGCCGAUGCGUCAAUAGACGCGUAUGGCGCUUGUAUCUACAUACGCUCUUUAUAUGAUAAUGGCACCGCAAAUAUGAGAUUGAUAACAAGUAAAUCAAAGGUAUGUCCAAUCACACCGCUUACUAUUCUUAGAAAGGAACUUUUAGCUGCACUGCUAUUACAUCGAUUGGCAAUCAAAGUUGUUACUGCAAUGGAACUAGAGCAUGUUCCAGUAGUUCUAUGGAGCGAUAAUCAAGUCGUUCUCGCUUGGUUCAAUAAACCACUUGAAAGAUUGCAAAUUUUCGUUAGAAAUCGAAUCUCAGAGAUCAAAUCUAAUGACACCGUUACUUGGAAAUAUGUACGAUCAGCCGACAACUCAGCGGACAUAGUGUCCCGUGGAAUGUCUUCAGAAGCUUUAGCUAACAACCGUUUGUGGUGGAACGGACCAUCCUUCCUGCGGACAAUUGAGUAUAAAGAGGAAUUGCUGGAAGUAAUGGACGAAAGCGAAAUCCCAGAGCUUAAACCAGAGACAAUUGCUAACGUUGCUAUUGUGGAUGAAACACUUUCGAUCUUUGAGAAAUUCGACUCGUUUCGUAAAACGCAAAGAAUAAUAGGCUACAUUCUACGCUUUAUUGCUAAUCUUCGGUCCAAACCUGAGGAAAGGAAUUUCUCCAAACGACUUUCACUUACUGAAAUACGAGAAGCAACAAAAUGCAUGAUACGAGUAAUACAAAAACAUGAGUUACAUGAUGAAAUCGAGCGCAUUCGUGCUGGCAAGCAAUGCAAACGAAUUGAAAAUCUCAAUCCGUACAUUGAUAGUGAUGACAUCUUGCGUGUUGGAGGCAGUGACACGAAGCUGCGUUACUUGCUUCAAAUCGAACCCAAGACUAGCUGGUCAAUUCAUGGGCGAUUUACCAUCAUGUCGAAUCAAUGUGGCACCUGCUUUUUUGAAAGUUGGUAUCGAUUACGCAGGGCCUAUCUAUGUAAAACAAACGACAAGAAAAGCGACUUCCGUGAAGGGAUAUAUUUGUCUAUUCGUAUGUAUGGUGUCUAA